UGCCCCAGUCUCCCCUACGUGGAGUACCGUGAAUGCGCCAAAGCAAAGAGGAAACCAGUUUCCACGGCCUUUCACAGCAAAGUGAGAGAUUUAACGCGCCAAUUUCUUCCCCAUAUUGCGCUCUUUUCUCGCCAUCCAAACCGAAAUCUCUCUCACUCACCUGGACAGGCGACACAGGUGGGAGAUUCAGUGAGGAGUGGACGGUCAUUCAUGCGCGACACAAAAAUCCGUGCAAAGAGGAAAAAAAUGGAAGGAAAAUCCGUGAAAAUUCUCCUUUUCUGUGCAAUUCUUAGCUCUGUGGCUGUGAUUCUGUGCUCAGGGCAGAUGCCCAAUGAGAAGCAACCACAAACUGGUGGUGUCACCUACGGAUCUCCCUUUGAUGAGAUUGUCGUAGAAUCCUCCCUCAAUAUUCGCAAGAAACCCACUCCAGUGCGCCAAACGCGAUCUCUCGCAGAACUUCUCACCCAUUCAGCUGUGUUGCGGCGGAUUCGCCAAGAUGAUGGUAAUUUCGGUGGAGGAUUUGGGAAUUUUGGGCAGGAUUUCGGUUCCUCGAGUGCCAUAGCUAAUGCCAAUGCCCACAAUCAGUACUUCGGCCCGGGUGGUUUUGGUGGAUCUGCUGCGAACGCUGGAGCUCAGGCAUUUGAAUCUCACGGACCUCUGGGAAGUUUUGGCGCAUCAGCAUCCAAUGCUCAAUCUCAGGGCUUCAGUGUAGGCCCCAAUGGUAUCACUGGCUCUGCUGGCCUUUCUGGUGGUCAAACCUACAAUCUUCCCAAUGGGAAAACAUUCAGCUUCACGUAUGGCAAUACCGUCUCCUUCGGCCCAGAUGGAAAGCCCACAAUUUCCCGUUCAAAUUCAGCUUCAUUUUCAUGAUUUGUAAUUAAAAAAGCCACGUGAAUGAAGAAAAAAAAUCAUUUUGCAUUAUCCCAUCCAGUUCAUCGAUCUCCUUGCCACCAAAUCUGCGUAGAAUUUGCAAUUAAAUGGGGUACAUUUCC